CAAUCGGAGGCGGGCACAGUACGCUCCCCCACGAGUCCCACGGGUCAAGGGUCGACAGGACUGCCACUCGCGCCACCGGUGUACCGGCGUGGUAGUGGUGGUGGCGUUGGAGGUCCAGGUGGUCCCUCCAAAGCCACCGAGCCGGGCUCUGAGGUGCUGAGCAAGGUGAUCAGUGGUGGCGGCGGUGGUGGACCACAGUGGGCCACUGGAGCCGGAACUGGAACCGGAACGAACGGCAUUGGCAGUCCGGGUCGGUUCGCUGGUGUCGGUAAGAGCAUCACUCAUCGUUCGUCCAGCUUAGAACUGAUACUAACACCUAUCAUACAGAGCCACAGACGGGCCCAAUAAUUAUGGGUGAAAUGAGUACGGAACUGUAAUUGCUCGGCAGCAGCAGUGGCAGCAUAAGCUCGAUGGAUUAAUACAUUGAUGGAUGUCACCCCUUGAUCGAUAAUUGAGAGUGUCAGAGAUGAGCGAGAGGACGAGAGGACAUUCGCAGGAAAUGGUCACCGAUGAUGGUGACCUCGAUGCUGCUCGGUUUCUUCGGACGAUCGGACGAUCCGGUCGACGAAUCUUCUACCAACGAAUUAGAUGUGUAAGGAUGCGCGGAAACUGAACACUGUAAAAGCCUGAACGGAGUGAGCCAAAAACCAAGUCGUUUUUUACAUUCUACCUUCUAAUUAUUUAGUUUGCUGUACUACUUCACGGUUAGUUCGGUUUAGAGUUUAGGGAGUGUAUGUAGAGUUUUUUUAAAAAGCAAUGUGUAUCCUGUAUAGCAGUACGAUGACGACCACUAUAGGAAUGCAAUCCAGAACCAAAAAACAAAAAAACAGAGAUAGAAAAGAAGCAACAACAAAAAAAACAACAAUCCGGAUAACAGAGACAUCGCGAGACGCACAAUGGUCGAGACCAAUUCACGUGUUCUCGUUGUGUCCGUCCGCUGUUCGUUCGUGUGUGUUUUUCCCGUGUCUGUAUGUGUCUGUGUAUGUGUGUUGUAUGUAUAGUUAUCAUCAAAACAGUUCUCAUUUAUGCAAAUAACGCACACCGUACCGUGUAAGUUUUCUGAGUGUCUAAGACUCAUCCAGCGCCUAGUGUUUAAGUUUCGAUGUUUCUUGCUACUUCGACCAUAGCGGCACUAGGCAGUAACUAUUUUUACUUAUCAAAAAAAAAACAGGCGCACUGCAAAGGUUAGCAGCAGCACCAGCAGUAUCGGGCUGCAGCAUAAACACAUUCGAUGUGAGCAAUCUUAUUGUUAGGUGUACCGGAGUGUCGUCACGUCGCGGCAGAAGCAGAGUAUUAUUCUUACUAUUAUGAUUAUUAUGAUCAACCAAUCGGCAAUACAUACAUGAUGAUCGAACACACUAAACUCUUCACACUGCCUCACCAGUCUUUGAUUGUGUCUCGAUUCACGCACCAUUUACUGACUCUGACGAAAGGACCUACCCUAAACCGAUGAUUGUGGUCACGUGGUA